AUGGGUGGAAGUGCAAUAUUAAGUGAUUGUUGGGAAUUUGCUUCAAAUGAAGCUCGGACACUAGUUCUGGUUGGAUGUACGGGAGAUGGUAAGAGUUCAACAGGGAAUAGUAUACUUGGACGAAAGGCAUUUAGGUCGAUGCCUCAAUCUGCUGGUGUUACAUCUACUUGUGAGAUCCAACGAACCCAAUUGCCAAAUGGACAAAUACUAGAUGUAAUUGAUACCCCUGGACUGUUUGAUUUUUCUGCUGAUCCUGGUAUUGUUGGAAAUGAAAUUGUUAAAUGUGUCGAUUUGGCCAAGGAUGGCAUCCAUGCUGUUCUACUGGUACUGUCAGUACGAAGUCGCUUUUCAAGGGAAGAACAAGCAGCUGUCCAGAGUUUUCUGGAGUUUUUUGGUUACAAAAUUAGUGAUUACAUGAUUGUGGUCUUCACUGGUGGAGAUGAUCUGGAAUAUAGUGAUGUGACUUUGGAUGAUUACUUAGGUGCCGACUGCCCCGACCCUUUGAAAGAAAUUCUCUCUAUGUGUCAAAAUAGGCUACUGCUUUUUGACAAUCGGACUAAGGACCCAAUUAAGAAAGCCGAGCAAGUGAAGGAUCUUCUUUUCCAAGUGAAUUUGGUUGUGAACAAUAACGGUGGAAAACCGUAUACAAACUCCUUGUUCAAGGAAUUGAAGGAAGGAGCCAUGAAUUAUCAUAAUCAGAAGGCAAAGGUUGAUUCCUCAGCAGCAUAUUCUGAGCAAGAGAUAAAAGAAUUGAAGGACGAAAUGCAGAGGUCCUAUGAGGAGCAAAUUAGGCGAAUAUCUGAAGCGGUAGAAACUAAGCUCAAGAAGACCAUGGAAAGGCUAGAAAAGCAAUUGGAGGAGGAGCAUGCUGCUAGGAUUGCGGCUGAACAGAAUGCAAAAGAAGCUCGAAUCGCAAACUGAGAGAUCUCCUUGAGAGCUCGCGAAGGGAGACUAAGGAGCUCCGAAAACGGAUGCCACC